AUAGGAAGUUUGUACGAGAGUUGAUGUUGAGCAGAUUUUUUUGGCAAGCAUUCCAAACAACAGGACGAGCCUACUUCAGAAACUACAAAUAUUCUUCUCAUCCUUGUUAUUCACCCGGAGAAUUGGCUAUUAGUAAAGUAUCACGUUGUUCUUUUGCGGUUUCUACAAAAGUUGUAAACGACACUGGACCUGUGGAUCGACGACACGAAACGGAAGCAAGACAAAAACUCGAAACUAUAUUGAAAGGCGUUGUGGAAAGAAGAAUAAAGCCUAAGGAAGCGGUGACCUCCAUUCUUUCUGAGGCUUUAUGGAAGCUUCCCAGAUCGCUGAGAUUUCAGUUCUUCCGAGAAACAGUGCAUGUUCUGUACCAAAACGACUUGUAUUUUACUUUGUUUCAAUUUUAUGACCGCUUUAUUUAUCACUUUACGGCCGAACACGAAUUGCGGGAAGAACUCGAUUCGGAUACUUUAGCCAUUCUUAUAUCGGCCUUUUCAAAGAAUAACCUCAUAGAAAGAGGCCUAUUUCUGGUUGGAAUGCCCUCGCAAACGGAAUCCAAAAGUUUAAAUUUAUUUCAAGAGGAUGGAACGUUCUUAAGUAAUCCAGCACUGGUUGAGUUGUAUUGUGAGAGACUUUAUCAAUUGCUGCUUUCUCAGAAACUCAGUAUUCGAGUAGUAAAUGAACUUGUUAAAGGCGUUGCUGUACAGAGGAGUAGUUAUGAAGCAUUUCUUAUUAUGAAGGCUGUGUUGAAGCUGGCUAAUACGUCAAACAACACAGAAAUUGUUCCCAAUAUGGAUACAUACAUUUCAGUUUUGUCUGCAAGCAGUGCAGAAGGCUUUGAGAAAGCUUCACUUGCCCUAAUGAGAGACGCAUUGGAAACAUUUCCAAAAGGCAAAAGACAAAUAUAUUCCACCAUUGUGGGUGGUUUUAUACGUGCAAAGUUGGCAUGGGAAUCCCUUGCAGUCUUUCGUCAAGCAGAAUCUGAAGGCAUUCAAAUUGAGCUGAACUUUUAUGCGGAUCUUUUACAGCUUUUUGCACAACUUAACGAAAUGGAUGCUGUAGAACAUAUCUGGACAGCUCUUAUGAGUGUUUCAGAUGCUCAAAACUAUCAAAACACGUUGACGAUAGGAGCUUGUGAAUGUGUAUUAAUUUGUGCUGCUCGGUGGGGUAAGCAGAAUCUUGCAGAACAAGUAUUUGCAGCCCUCGUUGAUAGAAACAAGUCUCAUACAAACUUUACGCCUUCAUCUCAAGCGUUUUAUUGUUUAAUAGAGGCAAGAGCGAGUGGAGGCGACAUUCCUGGCUCUUUUAGUGGUCUUCAAGCAAUGUGUGAAGUAGGUUACGAGCCAAGACUUGCCAAUUUUACCAAAUUUAUACGUAUAUGUGGUCGCAAUUCUAGAACACUUGAUUUUGCCUACCAUCAUAUUCGUAACUUGUCACAGCAAAAUCAUAUAUUUAUUGAGCAAGUUAAUAUUUUACUUGCAAGUUGUGGUCUUUUAGGUGAUCUCAAUAGAGCAUUGUCUGCAUAUCGAGAGUUUGUAGAGGGCCUAGGAACUGUACCUAAUGAAGAUACAUUUCAUGCCUUGAUCAGAGGUUGCAUAAACACAUCACGUCACGAUGUAUUUCAAGUUAUUGAAGAAGAAAGAGCAAAGUAUGGGAUACAGUUGAAUGGUGAUACUUGUCUGCUGUUAAUACGAGCGUACGUUCGUUGCAAUCAACUGAAAGAUGCCAUUGAUACAAUGCGACUUGCCUUGGCAAAGGGACUUGUAUUACCCUUGGAAGCUUAUCAGCUGAUUGGUCGCAAAGCAGUGUUGCAAGGUGAUGAAAGCAUGUUUGGAGAAAUGUUGGAGUUGAUGAAGAAGUACAAGAUUCCUAUUUAUAAUAGUUUCUUGAAGGAUAUUCGAACGCCGUUUGGUCUUCCGGAAAUUCGAGAGGAAAUGACUUCAAAUGAGGCAAGAGUAGGGUUGCGUUUGGACACAUCCACUUAUGGCGAGGAGGAAAAAGAACAAGUGGAUGACUUGCCCGAUGUUUCGAGUUUCUAUGAAGAACAGGAAAACGAGAAGAAAGAUUACUGAAUCUUUGUAUAAAGACAAAAGGUAUAUUAACAAAACAAAGGAUGAUGCAGUCAUAAUUUUGAGAAGCUGUGUCUUUGUUGAAUCUUCUAUUAUUGUAUAUUGUGACUGGUUCGACUUUUAGGCAGCUUUUUCUAUCUUGAAAUGUUGGCGCUUAAGACUCUUUCCAGUUCUAUAGGUUGUUCGACUUUAUAGAGCAACUUGACGAUAUGAUUGUAAACAUUAUUUCACCUGUGUAGGCCUAACUGUGACAACCAGUUCUACUCGGUUGAGAAUACAGCAUCGGGAAUCCUACUCGUUGAAUAAUUCCCAUUUUCAUUGAAACAUUAAGAGUACAAUAGAAACUUUCUUUGGCCUUAGCUUCUAGUAAUUUCAAGUAAAUGUUUAGAAUUUGCG